AUGGAAGCUUUCCUUGAUCGAUUCUUUUAUCUAGAGCUGAGGGAGGCCAAGGAAGAAGAGUUCAUGAAUCUUAAGAAGGGGAAGAUGAGUUUUCAAGAGUAUACUUUAAAGUUUAAUCAGCUUUCCUAUUAUUCUCCUGAGAUGACGAGUAGUAUGAAGGCCCGAAUGAGAAAGUUUGCUUUCGGCGAUUUUGAGGAUCUAUUACUUGAGUGUCAGGGAGCUAUGUUCAAUAGUGAAUUAGACUUUACUAGGCUGACAGUCCACAUACAGCAGGUGGAGGAGAAGAAGAAAAAGAUAGCUGAGUCAAGAGAGAAGGACAAGCAAGCGAAGAGAGCUAGAUCAGCGGAUUGGGAUUCUAAUGCCGAAAGUCUUUCCCUUCAGUCUGUCCCUAUUGUAAAUCAAUUUUCAGAAGUUUUUCUAGAUGAUCUCCCAGGAAUACCACCUGAUAGGGAGAUGAACUUUGGCAUUGAUGUAUUGCCAGAUACCCGCCUCAUUUCUAUUCCACCAUAUAGAAUAGCUCCUGCAGAGUUGACUAAUACUCCUACAACUUUCAUGGACCUAAUGAACAGGGCUUUCCAUCUGUUCCUGGACCUAUUUGUCAUAGUUUUUAUCGAUGACAUCUUGAUUUACUCUAAAAGUGAUGAGGACCAUUCUAAUUACCUCUGA